CAAAUUAAUUUUGAUUCAGGAGACAUGUGUUCUCACUACAACGUGCAAAAACCAAUUCCUUCCCGUUGGAUUAAAUUCAAGAAAACCUGAAUAUUAAAUUGUAAAUCUACUCCAAACAUUGGUAACGUGUCUGAGAAUAUUAUUUACAUAAAUUAUACAGUAAUUAACCUCAAGAGCGAUGGAACCUCAGCCUCAAUGGGAGAUCGCCCUAAAUAAUCCGAUCAUUUUGUCCAACAUCCUACAACAGACCUCUGCCCCAUUGAAAACGUGUCGACUCGUCUCUCACUUUUGGAACGACGUGGUCCUCUCCCUCCCAAAUACGAGACUCGCGUUAAAGCUGACCCGCAAAAAUCCAUUCGCCGACGAAAAUCAAAACCUGUUCCAAUUCGACAGCGAAGAUGACGACGACGACGAGGACAUUGACCCCGGUCCCGUUCCCUUUCAGACGCUCUGCUUCACAUUAGAUGAGCGACUCACGAAACGAAUCAGCGCCACGUGCAAGUCUUCUUUGCGAGGAAUUUCCGUCCACCCGACAACCACGAUCGACUUCUUUGCCUCCAAGCUGCUCCACGUUUGCGACAAGUUUAGCCAUCGUAUCCAAAUUCUAGAGUUUUCCCUCUAUUCGGAAGAAUGCUUACCACCGAUUUACCUAAUUUUGAAGAACAGCUGUCCAAAUUUGACCCAGUUACUAAUUAGUGUUACCCGACGUGCGACGUUGACUACGUACAAUCCUUCGGAAUUACUGUUCCCACCGAUGCAACCAAAACAAAACUUGACCAUGUUCGCGGUCAGUGUCCCCCGGAAUCUGGCAAACUAUUCGGUUCUUCCCCAUUUUACUCAGCUGGUAGUCAACGCUGCCCCAAAUUUAAAAGAGGUCACCCUUCCGUUCGGAUUUUGUCCAGAUUUCGCCCCUACUAAUCGACUCGAUUCAUUAACCAUUGGGCAAGAUUACUUUUGGCCGACGGAAGUCGACAAACUUUCAGGCGUGUCGAAAAUCUUGGACCAAGUCGGUGAUCAACUGGUCACUCUGCGUCUUGGAAAAGCUGGAAUGACAAUGACCGAUCGUUUUGAAAUCGUCUUGCCUGGAAGAAAGAUGUCCAAAUUACGAACGUUUCGGAAUCAGAUGGUCGACGUUUUUCGGUGCGACGACCUCUUCAAAAACAUCGCGGGGACGAUGCCCUGUCUGACCAUGGUGGAACUUGGGGAAGCGUUUAAAGCGUCGAAUCGUUUGGAUGAAAUUUUGCAGGAUCUCUCCAAUUCGAGACAGAUCGUGGGCACCGUGACGAAUCUGGUGCUUAUCGGGGUGUACGAUCCGAACCUGUUGGAGGGAUUGUGGCCUGUGUUUCCGAACGUGGGCAAGUUACAGGUGAAUUCCUUUUACGGGACGAAACUUUCUUGGUUGACGGUUUCUUGUACGGAGUUGGGCGUCGUGCUGACAACGUGUGGGGGAUGGAGGGGGUUGAAACAUCUGAUUUUGGGCGUGUCCUCGUAUCCACGGAAUGUUGCGGAUAUCAUUGGGGAUCUGUUGGAUAAUAAGGAUUUGUUUAAAGGAAAAUUGAAAACGUUGAAAAUUAAGCUUUUGAAGUGCAUGUAUUAUCCGAGUAGCCACGACUUGACCACAGACGAGAUGAACCUGUUUAAGAAACUUCUUAUGGAAAUGGUUGAAAUGGAUGAGGUCACUAUUUUCUUCCUUCAUUUUGGCGUAGAAUCUCGGAGACAGAUUAAGGAUUUCAUGGUGUCCAACAAAAUGGAGGUGUCCAAGUUUAAGAUGUUUCAAGGGGGAGAGACGUGUCGUGUUUGGGAUUGACUUUUGGACUUAGCGACGACUUCCAUGGCAUCAUUUACAUAUUUCAAAGUUUGAAGAAUUUCCUGUUCUGUAUUUCUUGCAAAUUAGUUAAUAAAUAUUUAACAAAUUGUAGUGCAA